AUGGUCAACAGAUGUCAUCGCAUGGGGAAGGAGUGUCUGCCGUCCCCACCGGCGCGCAAGCGCCGUAUGAUGACAAAGUCAUCGGGGGAUAACAAGGUAGAGAGACUGGAGGAGAAAGUGGAUGGGCUCGUCGCCUUACUCAAAUCCGUGACUCAGGGUGCUCCGGGCUCCUUCAAUGCCUCGUCGAUCAGCUCCGCGCUGGGAAGCCUGAUCCCAGCUAGUUCUGACAGAGAAGCGGAUGGAGUUAUAGCGAACAACAGUCACUAUGUUGAAUACCCAUAUGAAAGAUCUGGGGCGACUGGAAGAGUGGAGGGCCCCUUUACCCCGACAGCCUCAUCUUCGUCCAGGCCCGAAUCCACAAACCAACUACCAUUCCUUAUCUAUCCCUAUCUUGAGCCUAGCGCAGAAGAGGCUGCAGCUUAUUUAGAUAGGUUUCGAAAUGAGUUCCAGGGCCAACUGCCAUUUAUCCACGUUUCCUCGUCGAUGACUGCCCAACAACUCCGCCAGGAAAGCCCGCUGCUCUGGCUAAGCAUAAUGACAGUGGCAUCCACUCGCUCUACUCAGAAGGUCAUGCUAUCAAAAGAGGUCUCCGGGGUCUUUGGCCGCGAAGCGUACGUCGAGGGAACGAGGAACAUGGAUUUCCUUUUGGCCGUUCUGGUGUAUACCACCUGGGACAGGCACUAUUGCCUCGCCAGGUCUAUUUCGACAAGUCUCGUCCAGCUCGCCAUUGCUAUUUUGUACGACUUGGGAUUGGACAAGCCACCGCGACAGGAUCCCGGUGUAACACUAGCCUACGAACUGAAAGGGAUUGUUAAACCGUCUCAGUUUACGCGCUCUCCAACAUCUGAAGAACGCCGAGCAUUACUGGGGUGUUUCCUAAUUAGCACAGGACCUCCUUCUUGGGGGAAGGGGAAAAGUCUGCCUUGGACCGCGUAUUUUGACGAGUGCGUUCAUGUUCUUGAGGAACAGAAAGAGUUCCCUUCUGACGUCCUUCUUGUCCAAGUGGUAAAUAUGCGUUUUCUUUCAGAGAAUGCCUCGGACCAUCCAGGGCUAAACGCAGCUUCCAGGAGUCACACGAUGAGACCCCAAGCUACAGUCUACGUCAAAUCACUUGAGGCACAGAUGCGUAAUUUGAAGUCCAAUAUCCCACAAGAGCUUAACAGCAAUAAAGUUCUAUUGCUGGAAAUGUAUAGUACCGACCUCAUGAUCCAUACGAUUGCACUCUCUCCUGGAGUAAAUACGUUCCCCGGUCAACCCAAUCAACGGUUUGAGUGCAUAUAUGCUUGUUUACAGGCAGUCAAGUCCUGGCUAGACACGUUUUCCACGAUCCAGCCUAUAGAAUUCGUGGGAUUUUCAUCACUCAUGUAUACGAACAUGAUGCGCUGCGUUGUUGGAAUUUAUCGCCUCGCAACCUGUAACCAUCCAGAAUGGGACCGAACCCUGUUGCAUGAAGCGGUAAACGUUUCACGGGUAUUUGAGGAGGCAAGCAACAGCUUUGACCGUGUGAAGGAAGUGGCAGGGCUGGAUCCGGAAGGUUCACAGGCACAAGAUUCCUUCAGCCUUAUGGCAUCCAAACUUCGAUCUAUGAAGAUGUCGUGGGAUGCCAUGCCGACACUGUUUACGCCGCCCUCUAUUGACGAACUUGAGAAUUUUACUAGUGAGUUACUGGAUACUUGGAACUGGUAA